GGGGCGCGCGGCCAUGGCGGACGCGGUGCUGUUCCGGCGCGGCACCGGGCAGAGCGACGACUCGGACAUCUGGGACGACACGGCCCUCAUCAAGGCGUACGACAAGGCGGUGGCCUCCUUCAAGAAUGCCUUAAAAAAUGGGGAGUGCUCGGAGCCUUCAGACAAGCAGGAGCAGCGCCUGAUGAUAAAGAGAAAAAACCAUAAAAAGAACAGAAAUAGAAACAAGAGCAAUACAACGCCUUUGAAACAGUGGAAAGUUGGUGACAGCUGCAGUGCUGUUUGGUCUGAGGAUGGUAAUUUGUAUCUAGCAACUAUUGCCUCCAUCAACCAGAAGAGAGGCACCUGUGUUGUCACUUACACAGGAUAUGGAAAUCAGGAGGAGCAGAACUUGUCUGAUUUACUUCCUCCAGCCAGCGAUGAAACAGUAAAUGGGAUGGGGCAUUCUGGGGAGAAUGAAAAUGAGACUCCAUAUUCAACAGAUGAAAGUGAAAAAUCUUCCCAGUCACCUCAAAACAAAAACAACUGCACAAAAGCAAGAUUUUCCCCUCAAAGCUUGAGAUUUCCCACACCACCUCCACCACCACCAGCCCCAGGCCUAGGAAGGUCUGGAUCAAAAUUCAAGGCACCUCCAUCAUUUUUAUCUUGCUGGCCCCCGCCCUUCCCAGCAGGACCACCAUUGAUUCCUCCUCCACCACCCAUGAGGCCAGACUCUGCUGAGGACGACGAAGCAUUGGGGAGCAUGCUGAUAUCCUGGUACAUGAGUGGUUACCACACUGGAUAUUACCUGGGUUUAAAACAAAGCCGGAUGGAAGCAGCGCUGGAGAGACAAACACAUGCCAAGUAACCACGUACGAACCAUUGUUCUGAGGGAUUGUAAGUAUUGCGGCUUUGGGGUAAAUGAAGAUACAGUCAAGUUUUGAACUCCCUUCAGAAACCUCUUGUCUUUGGGACUUCAUCCAUUCUUACGGCUCUCUGAAAAGACUACUUCUGCCAGUAGUAAUCCCUUCUUUGCAGCUGUGGAAUUGUAUUUUUGUAGCUAGAAUGAAGGAAAGUAUUCAUUGCUCUGAUGAGAGUUUUAACUACGGCAUCUGUCUACAUCACAAUUAACAGUGCAGUUUAUUUGAAUUAUUAAUGGUUCAUAGUGGGCUGUUCUUGGAAUAAAAGGUUGUAAGUGAAAUGCAGUUUUUUCAUCUGUGUUUCCUUACACAGAUGGGAGGGUUGUAGCUAAACUUUGUUUUCAGGACAAAUUCAGUUUGGUAAUGUUGAGCAGUUCUGUUCUCAGUACUUCAGUAUCUAUGCUUUUAUUUGAAAUGUUUUGUCCAGAAUUCUCCAGUGUAUUGUUCACUUCCUUAUAAAACAAAACUAUAUUCUCCUGGGGAAUUGUUUUCUGAUUUUCUCUGACAACAUGUAAUUUCUGUGUAAUUUAGUAGUUCUUUGUGUGUUUAAAACAAAAAGGCUCUUUUAUACUUAUUUUUGCUUCUUUUUUAAAGCCAGGUACAGAUCUUUUCCACUGAGAGGUGUGUAACACUUAUGCAUUGGUGGUUGAUGGUGAAGAACUGAAUUUUAUCAAGACAAUUAAUUAAUUUUUUUAACACUGACCUGUCCCUGUUAACAAAUAAAUAACUUCAGACUAGCAAUCAGA